CUCUAGAUGAAAAAAGGGGAUAAGUUUAAGGGGCUGUCUAUUCCGCCAAUAAAGAAAUAUUUCAAAUUGAUGUUUCCAAGUCAUACCUUUUCUUGUACAAAACAAGACUUUUCUUUUACUAGACUCUACCAAAAAACAAGAUUCAAGAAUUGAAUAAAAAAGAAAACCCACAAAGCCUACUCUGUCUUACGUAGUUCUUGUUCACCUUAAAAACUUGUCCAGCACAUCAUUUUCAACAAUUUUCAGAUUAAAUAAAUGGGUGCAAUGAUCUGUGUUGUGAGUUUGACUUCAAUCUAGUUGAACCUAUCUUGAUUAAUCCCAAUUCAGGUUUUUCUGUGUCAAUGGAUGAGACCCUCAUAGUCCAUGUGGAAGAAUCCAAACCCGUAGAAAAGGAGCGAACUGAAUCCCAAAACAAUGAAAUUCAAGAAAAUGGAAAUGGAAGUAGGCAUGAUCAUGAUCAUGAUGAAACUAAUUUAGAUAAAACCCUUAUGAGGUUAGACUUACUUCUCACUUUGUUGGGAUUCAAUCAGUCUUCAGUUGUAAGGUUUGUGCUGUCAUGGAUUUUCUUCUUGUUAUUUGGGGUCGUGCUUCCUGUUGUGAUGUUGGAGCUCUCUAAUUGUCCUGGAUGUGAAAAGGGUCAAAUCAAAAGCUUUGAGCUGGAUAUUUUGGCUUCUCAGGCUCUUCUUGCUGCUGCAUCCUUGAUUUGCCUUUCACAUAACCUUCGCAAGUAUGGAAUCCGGAAAUUCCUCUUUGUUGAUCGCUACAGUGGCCAUAUGGAGCGUUUUAGUGACCAAUAUCUUAACAAAAUCUCUGAUUCUGUUCGCUUGCUAGUAUUGUGGGUGUUGCCAUGUUUCCUUUUGAAGACUGCACGUGAAAUAAUUCGCAUUUUGUACGUGCAUCAUGAGUCAUGGUGGAAAUCGGCUGCUAUUUCAUUUGCUUUUAUUUCAUCAUGGACUUAUAUUACGGCAAUUUUCCUGUCAGCUUGUGUUUUGUUCCACCUGGUCUGUAAAUUGCAAAUUAUACACUUUGAUGACUAUGUGAAGCUCUUGGAAAGGGAGCCUGAAUGUUUUGUUUUGAUACAAGAACACGUUCGUCUACGCUAUCAUCUCUCCAAAAUUAGUCAUAGAUUUCGAAUCUAUCUUCUGCUGGAGUUCUUAAUUGUCAUUGUGAGCCAUUUUGUGACUCUCUUCCAGACCACUGGUUAUACCGGGCUGAUCACUUACAUAAAUGGUGGUGAUUUUGCGGUCUCCUCAGUUGUUCAGGUGGUAGGGGUGAUCCUUUGCUUGAAUGCUGCUGCAAAAAUAUCCCACAGAGCCCAAGGUAUUGGAUCAGUGGCAAGUAGAUGGCAUGCUUUGGCUACAUGCACUUCAGGUGAAGCGUCCCAAAUGAGAAACUCAACUAGCAUGAGUAACCUGGAGGUUAACCGGUCUAGCUCAUUCUAUAUGAACUUCUCAGAGAGCGAUUUGGAGUCUCUAGAUUUUGUAACUGAACCGACAAAUACGCAAUUGGCUUCUUACAUGUCCUCGUACCAAAAGAGACAAGCCCUAGUGAUGUAUUUGCAGAACAAUCCUGGGGGAAUUACCAUAUUUGGAUGGACAGUUGAUAGAGGUCUCAUCAACACAAUCUUCUUCAUUGAAUUGACAGUGGUAACGUUCAUCCUCGGAAAGACCAUAGUUUUCACGGGUCACUAGCUUCUCAAUGUUUUGCAAAGAUGAUGAUUAUAUCGCUUGUCCUGAUUGGUGCUGACACCUCUAUCUGAGUUCAAGGUACUGGAAUAGACAAUAUCACCUCAAUCUAUCGGCAAACAGGAGGGUCUCAACUGAAUCAAUGUUGCUUUUGAUUAUUCAUCAAGUAUAUUCCAAAGCUAAAAGCUUAUCCAAUCCUUCUUUCCGUUCCAAACAUAUACAUACUCACCAGUUCUAGGUGCUGAUGCUGGCAAUUUCUAAAUUGUUUUGUUUCAUCCUUCUUGCUCCAUUGAAGUUACCCCUGUUGCUUUUGAAAAAAGGUGAGGUUGAGGAGUGUUGUAGAAAGAACAGAAAGGAAAUGAAUGAAGGAUGGUUUCUGCAUGAAGGAUGUAACUUGCCUCAAGAUAUGAGUAUCAACGGGCCUCAUAUUCCUAUUGUAUAUGGCUAGUAAUUUGGUUUUGUCA